CAUUUUGCGUUAUGGACAUGUCAUAAAAAUGGUCAGAGAAUGGAUUUGUUACUAUUAUAUUAAACCAUCUGUUAAUAUUUUACUGAAUUGAUAGUCUAAACAUCAAAAAAUGUCAGUCUAUGAAAAAAAUAUUAAAAAAAGGGAAAUAAACAUGAGUUAUGGAUAUGACAAAAAAGGACGCUGUUCUAGGGAGUCGAUAAACUUUGUAGGAUUUCUGUAAAAUAAAAUGCACAAUCCUAAAGCAAUAAAACCCAAUGAAUGGAGAAGGGAUGCCUCUUUAUAGAACAUAAAAUAGUUACUUUAUAUUCAUUUUCAUGUCUCCAUUUAUGAGGAAUAUGUAACGUUAUGGAUGUGACAAUCCUGAAAAUGUCACUUACAUGACUAUGAAAAAUCAUGCACUAAAAAUAAAACAAAUGCUUUACAAAUUUGUAGAGAGAUCUCACAUGGGUAUUUGAUCCACCAAAGGUUAAAAACUGCUGGUAAAAGGUAGAUAAGGUUGACAUUUUCGAGGAAUUGCCCAUGGAUCAUUAAUUGUUCUCCAGUGAUGAUAUGCUACCUGUUAACAUCUCUGCAUAAUGACAACUUUGGGAUACAUGGGACACCGUUAUAUUGAAGGUACUCUGUCCUGUAAACAAACACCUCUUAUCUAAAGUUGUAUACUUUCAAGAAUGAUUUAUAGGGCUACCCACUAACAGAAACACGACUGUUACAGUUUGCUCACGCUGUGGGCCGUUCUGUCUGCCUGCAGCGAGGUCAACGUUCCCACAGACCGAGAUCUCGCGAGACUUGAGAUCAUCUGGAGUCUGGACUACUGGACUGUCGUUACCUGAGAGGACAGGCGAUUGACGGUGUGAUAAGGUAAUCAUGUCUCAUAAUGAUGAAGGAUAUGUAGUGCGGAUCCGUGGUUUGCCUUGGUCAUGCACGCAAGAAGAAGUGGCCUCCUUUUUCUCAGAUUGUGACAUUGUAGGGAAAGUUAAUGGGGUAUGUUUUACCUUAUCGAAAGAGGGACGGCCGAGCGGAGAGGCAUUUGUGGAGCUAAAGACAUCAGAGGACUUUAAAAAAGCUCUGAACAAAGAUCACAAAUACAUGGGACACCGUUAUAUCGAAGUGUUCAAGUCAAACCGCAGUGAGAUGGAUUGGGUGCUUAAGCGAUGCGGCCCUACAGACUAUGAUAGCAGCAGUGGAUGCAUACUGCGCUUAAGAGGACUGCCUUUCGGCUGCAGCAAAGAAGAAAUUUUACAGUUCUUUUCAGGGUUGAAAAUCGUGCCAAAUGGGAUAACAUUGCCGAUGGACUACCAGGGGAGGAGCACAGGGGAAGCCUUCGUGCAGUUUUCCUCAAAGGAGAUAGCAGAAAAGGCUCUGGGGAAACACAAGGAAAGAAUAGGGCACAGGUACAUUGAAAUAUUCAAAAGCAGUCGAAAUGAAAUGCGUGCACACUACGAAGUACCCAGGAGGGUGAUGGGACAGAGGGCUAGUCCGUAUGACAGACCCGUUAUGGGACACGGUGGUUUCUUUGAGCCUGGAAGAGGAGGUGCUUUCCAGGACCAGAUGCGCAGUGGAGGUGGCUACAGUGGUGGAUAUAGUGGGUUUGACAACUACAAUGGCUUUAACAACUACUGCUUUGGUAAUGGAAUGUUUGAAGAGCGCGUUCGGCGUGAUAGAGGAAGAGGAGGAAUGGGGGGUUAUGGCUACAGCAACGACUCAAACUCUGGCUUUCACAGCGGCCAUUUUGUGCACAUGAGAGGGCUUCCGUUCCGUGCUACUAAGACAAACAUCGCAGAUUUCUUUUCCCCCUUGAUCCCGGUGAGGGUGCACAUUGACGUUGGGCCCAAUGGAAAAUCUACAGGAGAGGCAAACGUUGAGUUUGGAUCGCAUGAAGAUGCUGUGUCUGCCAUGUCAAAAGACAAGAAUCAUAUGCAGCAUCGUUACAUUGAGCUUUUCUUGAAUUCAACUUCAAGUGGACCAUCUGAAAAAGGUCGUGGAGAAGGUUUCUAUGGCAACUCAAGAGGAAGUGGACUAAGGGUCAUGUUCUAAGGAUGCUUGCAAUAGAUGCAUAUACUUUCCAAGCCAAAGUUGGAACUUCCAUCUUGGCUAGUCUUUUUGUAAAUUGUUUUUACAUGUUCGUAUAAAAUAUGGCCAAAUAUUUUCCAGGCUUAAAGACGAAGUAAAUAUAGAUCUCUCUAUAUAUUUGAGCUGCAUAGGUUGACCGGCUACUGUACAUUUUGCUUAUGACAUUUUAUAUUAUAUAUUUCGGUGUCUAACUAAAGAUAUGCGCUUUGUAUGUUUUGACCUCAAAAAUUAGUAUGGAUAGAUUGAUGCCCGAGUCAUGUAUGAAAUUGCACUCGAGUCGUUUCUUUCCCAAAGCAAUAACAUCAUUUUGGAUGUUCACCUGUUUUUGCUGCUCAGUAACGUUUCUUAAUGGAAACCUGGGAAAUUUACAAAUCUAUGAAUAAAACCCUUUAUUUAUA